GGAGGGCUGUUAUUCGACCCUGCAGUUUGAAGCGAAAAUGAUUGCCACAACGGUUUGCUUUUACCUGGUGCUCUUGGCCAUUCUCAUGGUUUUCCUGUCGCCCACGGCAGAAGGUUGCUUUAUCCUACUGGCGUGCCUGCUGAAUUCGCCAUAUUGUCCAUUCAACGCCACUGCAUUAGGAUGAUAGAGUGACUGUUUGUGUACCCCCUUCCCACACCUAAUAACUAAGAAAAUAUACCUAACCAUGAUUUAAAUGAAAGAAAUAAAAGCCUUAAAGUUUAA